AUGACUUCGCAAAAGAAAAGAAAACUAUCGACGGACUCGCGCGCGAAGGAAUCCCGGGCCAGUCAACCGAGUCCCGAAAACCAGGAAUCCGCGGACAUUUUUCGAAAAUUCUUCGAGAGUCGAUUUCAGCCGCUAGACGGUGUAGUGAAGGAUUCUGCUGUUAUAGUAGCUCAGCAAGUAUCGUCAGGCGAGUCAGAUGAGGAUGAAGAUUUAGAUGAAGAUUUAGAUGGGUUUACGGACGAUGAUGAGGGUGUACCGGAGGUCAAGGUCGUUGAUUAUACAGAUGUCCGGAAGGAGGAUUCAUCCGUACUGUUAGACAAACAAACACGCAAGGCUUUACUGUCCUCUAAAGUCUCGUCAUUCGAGGCCUCGAAAACCGGCAGCAAGCGAGCCACGAAAACCAAGGAAGAAAGCGACGAAGAACCGGAUGACUUGAAAAACGACCUUGCAUUGCAAAGGCUUUUGAAGGAGUCUCAUUUACUCGAUUCAGCAUCCGACCUGAAUCCCACAGGGAAAAACCGUCACAUGGCUAUUGAUUUGCGUCUACAGGCGCUCGGAGCCAAGACGUCUAUAUACACGCAGCAGAAGAAGAUGCCCAAGUCACAGCGAAUAGGCAUUCAGGCGAAAGCAGCUAAAAGGGAAGACAUUCGUCGUCGAGAUGCUCGAGAGAAUGGUGUUAUUCUUGCUAAACCUACCGUGUCUAAACCCAAGGGCAUUGUGAAGAAAAGAGACAGGGGCGUGGGUGCUCCUGCAGUGGGGAAAUUCUCAGGAGGCACUUUGAGGCUGAGUAACCGCGAUUUGACAAGCAUCAGAGGACCUUCAUCGAAGGGCUUGAAGGGGACUAAGAGAGGUCGUCGCUAA